GCAUGUUAUUUCUGCAUGGUUAAUGGACCCCUGCCCUGCACACGAAGAGACAGACUGAGACUUUGUGUUCUCUGUGGUUCUUCUGUCUUAAAAGUCUAAUUUGUUUUUGGGGGUGUCUUUUGUCUCGAUGUCUCUGCACUAGUGGAGUGAAUCUUGGCUGAAUUGAUCUUUUGUCUGGAUCCAGGAUUCUUCUCACGGUGUGAAAACCCUCAGCCCCCACUUCGACCCCUCUGCAAUCCCCCCACAUCCCAGACAAAUCCCCUCCCUCCAUCCUCCCACAUGAGUUCCCUCGUACCCUUCCUCCCUCAACUCCCACACACCUCCUCGUCUUCCAUCCACAUGCUGCUGAAAUAGCAAAGCAUGUGAGAGCGUGCAUGUGUGCCUCUCUUCACACGUGAAGCCAGAAACUGUUUAAACCAGGAUUAGGAGCAUGUAGGGCAAUGCAUCGGUAGAUGCAUCUGUGGCCAGCAGAUUCAGCACUGAGAGAGGAGGACCCAAAACCAAAAAACUUAAAGGGUUCCAGGACAGCAGCUUUGCAAACCAAGCUUCUGUGAUUGCGUGUUGUGGUGCAUGCACUUCCCUGCAUUCGUGUGUUUCAGACUACUGGAAGAAGAGUGAGGUGGAGAGAAAGUGUCAGUGGUGGAGUAUCUCAUCAUGUCAAAAGUGUGAUUGUUAUAGUGUGAUAUUAGAAGGUGGGCAGAGGCGGGCACAGCCAGUGGCAGUGUACUGCUUUUAUCUGGGCUCAUCAUGAAAAAAACACGCAGCACCACACUGCGGAGGGCCUGGCCCAGUUCCGAAUUCUCAGACCGGGCCUCCGAGCACACCCGGUCACGGAGCGAGAAAGACUACCGGCUCCACAAGCACUACCCUAAACACUUCAUCACCCACUCCCCCAGAGGAUUCAUGAUAACAGGUGAUGUGUCUCCCAUCAGCAUGUCUCCCAUCAGCCAAUCCCAGUUCAUCCCGCUGGGAGAAAUCUUGUGCCUGGCCAUCUCUGCCAUGAACUCCGCCCGGAAGACUGUCACGCAAGAGACACUCAUCGAACACCUAGCAACAUGCUUCCCAGGCGUACCCACUCCGAGUAUGGAGAUUCUGCGGCACACGCUCAAUAUGCUGGUCCGAGAGCGGAAGAUCUACCCCACCCCGGAGGGUUAUUUCAUCGUCACCCAGCAAACAUACUUUAUCACACCCUCCCUCAUUAGGACUAACAGCAAGUGGUACCACCUGGACGAGAGGAUACCGGACCGGAUGCAGCAGCAACCGUGUACCUCUCCUAACUCGGGUACCAUGACCCCUUCCACCUCCGGUUGCAUACGGGAAAGAACUCACCACAAGAUCCACAGUGACUCCUAUAACAACAGCUAUCGAGAGGAAAUACCUAGUACACAUACCUCAAACUUACAAAGAAGGUCUAAAGAGCAUAAAGAUUCUUCUCCUGUGUCACCACCCCCUCAACACCCCCCAUCAGAGAAGAGUAAAAGUACACUUAGUUUUCCAUUUAAAACAGAGACAAACAGUAAAAACAAAGAUGGAAGCAGCAGCAGUGGGGAGAAGCAGUCCAAGAAGUUUGGGCUGAAGCUCUUCAGGCUGAGCUUCAAGAAGGACAAGACGAAACACCUCGCCACAUUCUCCGCCCAGUUUCCACCUGAGGAGUGGCCAUUACGGGACGAGGAGACACCCACCACUGUUCCCAGAGAGGUGGAGAUGGAGAUUAUCCGUCGAAUCAAUCCAGAUCUGACGGUGGAGAACCUGGCUCGCCACACAGCCGUAAUGAAGCGCUUGGAGGAGGAGAAGGCGCAGAGGAACAAAGCGAACUCCUCGGCUCAGCAGAGCGCCCGCAGUAAAAGGAGCCGCAGCCAUCGAAAGACCCAGCAGGGAAAGGCCUCACGUUCCCAUAGCAAAACACGAGCUUCCAGAGGGGAUCCGUUUGAGGGAUCCAAUCUGGACACAUCCUAUGAUAGGGAUUUCAAAUUCUACAGUUCCUCAUUGGUACGUUCUCCGCGUGAAACUAUGAUGUCCAUGGAGCGGAAUAGGGGGAAGAAUAUGGUACACAGCAACCCCAAUAUUAUGGAGUCUCAUUUUACCACCGCUCCAGAGUGGGAUGUUUCUGGAGAACUAGCAAAGCGGAGGACAGAGAUGCCAUUUCCAGAACCCUCGAGGGCACAGUCACAUUCCAAAGUCCACCGAAGUCAUAGUCAUACGCAAGAGAGAAAGUCACGAAACGAGAGGUCGGACAAGGCUAAAGAAAGGUCACGCUCCAUGGACAACUCCAAGGGGCCACUUGGUGGUCCAUACUUAGGUGGCCCAGAGGAUUUUGAGUGCAUUCCUGAUGAAAGAAGUCGGUACUAUACCGAUGAUGGAACUUUGAGGGCAUCUGCACAGGCGACCCACUACUCCCGCAUCAUGCUUUCUGCUGCUAGAUUACACUCUGACAUUUGUGUGCCUGAUGUUGGAAGAGGAUCCUCAGAGGAUGCUGUGCUUUACAGGAUGCUGGAGAAGAGUAAAAGCAGGGAAAGUCUUCCUGCUUACAACGACUUGAAGUCUUGCUCUCCCAAAACGGCUGUGGAUGACUAUUUUCAGUGCACUGCAGCAAAUGAAGCCUCUCUCUCUGCCCCAUCUCCUCUUCUAAGGACCAGCCAUGAUUUUACGGAUAGUGUCUGGAAGGGAAUCUCCUCAGACCGACAAACCCCUCAUCUUACCCCACCUCACCCUAUGGAAUAUAAAGAGGAAACCACAAAGGGACAAAGUAGUAUCCCCAUAGCGAUAACAAGCCAGACUCCCGAGCCUCUCCCCAAUAGACGAUUGUCGCACCAACACAAUCCUGACUCAGGUGACUUGGACACAAUGCCAGAGGUUUACAGCCAAGAGACUUUGUUCAAACCUCCAGACUACGUGGAGAACAGCUUCUCAAGACCAGGUACGAUAGGUAGGUCUCCUCACACGAAGUCGGCAGAGGUGCUGGAGAAUCAGGAGCAUUUCGAUAAACCUUUACCGCUGACCGUGCCACCAUGCUUGGUUCAGGAGCAGGCUUCGUGUGCAGAAACCACCUUUGACUACUACAACGUGUCGGACGAUGACUCUGAGGAGACUAGUCAUAAGAACAGGGUGGAGGAGAAAGUUCAUGAAGAGGGAGGGACAAUGCAAUGGCUGCUGGACCGGGAGAAGGAGCGGGAUCUGCAGCGGAAGUUUGAAAAGAACCUCACCUUCCUAAGCCCCAAGGAGGGUGAGAGCAACAACAGCAAAAAAUCGGUCCAUUCUACACGUUUGGACAGUAUGGACUCCAGCAGUGUAACUGUGGACAGUGGAUUUAAUUCCCCACGCACGCGGGAAAGCCUCGCUUCAAACACCUCGAGUAAUGUGGAAAAUAGCAGGCGCCAGAAUAUGGCUUUGAGUCCAGGACAUAUUGGCACCAAAAGACCCCCUCCACCCUACCAGCCCCCUAGCUUCCGUACCAUUCGAGAGCCGCCUGCCAACCGCACGGAGAAACAGGCCUCCAUCACCAGCGUGUAGUGGCACAGCCAGGGCAGGAGGGGGCACCACCUGUUAAACUGUACUUCACCAGGACUGUUACAAUCUUACAGGCAGGACCUUCCGAGCGAGUUUGAAGACUGUCCCAGCUGUAUUUUCCAGUACAGAAAUGUUUAAAACAUAGUUCAUCAUAAUUCACUGAAAAAAAUACUGCUGCAGACAAACAAGUCACUUCAAUAGGACGUAAUUUAAGGUGAUCGGCGAUCAUAUUUGGGGUAAAACCCUUGAUCAAAUGCAUUUGUAGGUGUCCUUUAUAGCUUAAUGUAUCCACUACGGGUCUUAUUUGUCUUCUAAUCCAAACUGGCUGCAUUGCCUCUGCCUAUUCAUGCAUCGCUGUGUCUCAUGUUUCAAUCUGCACUCUCAGGUCCUUCCGGACUCUACUGACUUACUGGCUUGUGACCAUUGCUGGCCUUAACUUGAAGGCCACAAUAAUCACUAUAUGUGGCACCGCCCCUGGAAAUUUUUCUUUUGAGUGUAAAGAUGCUUCAAAUGACAGUUAUAGUAAAUGACGGUUAUAGUUAUAAUGAAAUUCAACAAAACAUACCACCAUUAUGGCAUUAUUUGUUAAAAAAAAAAAAAUUCGAUUCUACUGGUGCUUUCUCAUGGAAUGGACAGUCUCACAAAAAAAAAAAUUAUAUUAUUUUAUUUCUGUUAAAGAGGUGCUCUCAAAUACAAAACAAGGCGACAUAGAAUACAUACAUUGCUACCUCCACAAUUUGUACAGUUGUAGAAGGAGACAAGAGUGAUUUCCAUCCUCCAUCCCAGAUCUCUGCUGUAUUAGACACACCACUGUCAGCUUGCAAACUGUGAAUGUACUGCUAGUGCUUUUCAGACACAUCUAGAUCAUCUAAACUUGGUCAAAGCAUUAGUAACCUACUGUUAUUCUCAUUGUAAUAGAGAGGAGAUGUGCGUAGAGUUUGGAAACAUAUAGGACCCAUAUAUGCUGGCUAAUUUAAAAUGUCCAGCCAUAUUAAAUUAUUUGUUUUUAUUACUAUUAUAUUUUUUCCAGUUCUUUCAGUGCACAAAUCCACUGAUUCUUGAGAUGUGGGACAAAACGUGCUGUCUUGAAAAUAGCAGCAUUUUUACUUUGAAAUUGAUUAGAGAUGAUCACUACAAUUUUGUUAAUUAAAAUGUACCAUUUUAUUUUAUAUGAUUAAAAUAAUGACAAUAUUACACUUACAAGCCCUAAAACUACCUGUCCUCAGACCAUAACUCAAUACUUUAUAUCCCAUACAGAAAUCUAAUAUAUGGCCAUAUGAACAUAUACAAUGAUGAGCCAAAACAUUAUGACCACUCACAGGUGAAGCGAAUAACGUUGAUCAUCUCCUAACUCGGGCACAUGUCAAGGUCUGGGUAGAUUAGAUGGUAAGCGAACAAUCAGUUCUCGUAGUCAACGUGUUGAAUGCAGGACAAAUGGGCAGGAGUAAAGACCUGAGCAACUUUGACAAGGGCCAAAUUGUUAUGGCCAGAUGACUGGGUCAGAGCAUCUCUGAAACGGCAACGCUUGUGGGGUGCUCCCGGUCAGCAGAGGUGAGUACCUACCAACAGUGGUCGAGGAGGGACAAACCACAAACUGGCGACAGGGUGUCGGGCGCCUAAGUCUCAUUGAUGCGCAAGUGCAAUAAAGGCUAUCCCGUCUGGUCCAAAGCGACAGAAGGUCUACUGUGGCAUAAGUCACAGAAAAUCUUAAUGAUGGUUACAGGAGGAAUGUGUCACAACACACAAUGCAUCGCACCCUGCUUCAUAUGGGGCUGCGUAGCCUAAACAUCGUUGCAGACCAGGUAAACCCCUUCAUUGCAAUGGUAUUCCUUGAUGGCAGUGGCCUCUUUCAGUAGGAGUAGGAUAAUGCGCCCUGCCACACUGCACACAUUGUUCGGGAAUGGUUUGAGGAACAUGAUAAAGAGUUCAAGGUGUUGCCCUGGUCUCCAUAUUCCCCAGAUCUCAAUCCGAUUGAGCAUCUGUUGGAUGUGCUGGAUCAACAAGUCUGAUCCAUGGUGGCUCCACCUCGCAACUUACAGGACUUGAAGGAUCUGCUGCUAAUGUCUUGGUGCCACAUACCACAGGACACCUUCAGGGGUCUUGUAGAGUCCAUGCCUCAGCGGGUUGGUGCUGUUUUGGCAACACGCGGAGGACCAGCAGCAUUAGGCAGGUGGUCAUAAUGUUUUGCCUCAUCAGUGUAUGUACAGUGCAUCCGGAAAGUAUUCACAGCGCUUCACUUUUUCCACAUUCUGUUAUGUUACAGCCUUAUUCCAAAAUGGAUUAAAUUCAUUAUUUUCCUCAAAAUUCUACAAACAAUACCCCAUAAUGACAAUGUGAAAGAAGUUUGUUUGAAAUCUUUGCAAAUGUAUUAAAAAUAAAAAACGAAAAGAAUCACAUGUACAUAAGUAUUCACAGCCUUUGCUGAAUACUUUGUUAAAGCACCUUUGGCACCAAUUACAGCCUCAAGUCUUUUUGAAUAUGAUGCUACAAGCUUGGCACACCUAUUUUUGGGCAGUUUCUCCCAUUCUUCUUUGCAGGACCUCUCAAGCUCCAUCAGGUUGGAUGGGGAGCGUUGGUGCACAGCCAUUUUCAGAUCUCUCCAGAGAUGUUCAAUCGGGUUCAAGUCUGGACUCUGGCUGGGCCACUCAAGGACAUUCACAGAGUUGUCCUGGAGCCACUCCUUUGUUAUCUUGGCUGUGUGCUUAGGGUCGUUGUCCUGUUGGAAAAUGAACCUUAGCCCCAGUCUGAGGUCUAGAGCGCUCUGGAGCAGGUUUUCAUCAAGGAUGUCUCUGUACAUUGCUGCAUUCAUCUUCCCUCAAUCCUGACUAGUCUCCCAGUUCCUGCCGCUGAAAAACAUCCCCACAGCAUGAUGCUGCCACCACAAUGCUUCACUGUAGGGAUGGUAUUGGCCAGGUGAUGAGUGGUGCCUGGUUUCCUCCAGACAUGACGCUUGCCAUUCAGGCCAAAGAGUUUAAUCUUUGUUUCUCAUGGUCUGAGAGUCCUUCAGGUGCCUUUUGGCAAACUCCAGGUGGGCUGUCAUGUGCCUUUUACUGAGGAGAGACUUUCGUCUGGCCACUCUACCAUACAGGCUUGAUUGGUGGAGUGCUGCAGAGAUGGUUGUUCUUCUGGAAGUUUCUCCUCUCUCCACAGAGAAAUGCUGGAGCUCUGUCAGAGUGACCAUCGGGUUCUUGGUCACCUCCCUGACUAAGGCCCUUCUCCCCCGAUCGCUCAGUUUGGCCGGGCGGCCAGCUCUAGGAAGAGUCCUGGUGGUUCCAAACUUCUUCCAUUUACGGAUGAUGGAGGCCACUGUGCUCAUUGGGACCUUCAAUGCUGCAGAAAUUUUUCUGUACCCUUCCCCAGAUCUGUGCCUCGAUACAAUCCUGUUUCGGAGGUCUACAGACAAUUCCUUGGACUUCAUGGCUUGGUUUGUGCUCUGACAUGCACUGUUAACUGUGGGACCUUAUAUAGACAGGUGUGUGCCUUUCCAAAUCAUGUCCAAUCAACUGAAUUUACCACAGGUGGACUCCAAUCAAGUUGUAGAAACAUCUCAAGGAUGAUCAGUGGAAACAGGAUGCACCUGAGCUCAAUUUUGAGUGUCAUGGCAAAGGCUGUAAAUACUUAUGUACAUGUGAUGUUUUUUUUUUUCGUUUUUUUAUUUUUAAUAAAUUUGCAAAGAUUUCAAACAAACUUCUUUCACGUUGUCAUUAUGGGGUAUUGUUUGUAGAAUUUUGAGGAAAAUAAUGAAUUUAAUCCAUUUUGGAAUAAGGCUGUAACAUAACAAAAUGUGGAAAAAGUGAAGCGCUGUGAAUACUUUCCGGAUGCACUGUACAAGUAUGUGACUUUAUAUUAGUAAGAAAACAUAAAUGAACAUAUAUUUCAUAUAUGUGUUUUGCAUAUAUUGGGAAAUUUCAGAUUUCUCUAUGGGAUAGUACAAAUAUAUAAAUAUAAAAUAUAUGUAUAUUUGAUCAUAAGAAUAUGUAAUAAUAAGAAACAUUAUUUUAUUUAAAAUAUAUAUACAUAUUUAAUAAGGUUUAAAAUCUAUCCCUACUUUUGAAGGUCCUCUUUCCAUAUUUUACCUUAAACUUAUAGGUUUAUAUACAAUAUAUCAAAAUUAAAAAUAAAUUAUUUGGGAUUAUUUGAUUAUUUUCUUCAUUUUAAGUAGGUCUUUUUAGUAGCUUGUAACACCAGAAAAACAAAAUUGCUUCUGCAUUUAAUACAUUAAAAAUAUAGUUUAUUAACCUUGUCAGAUUUUAUUCAAAUCAUGGAGCUGACUGUUUGAAAUCAUGUAUCCUCAAUCUUUGUCAAAACGUAUAAUAAACAGCUACAUGCUUUUUAUCUGACAGUGUUGACACAUAUUGUGUGAUAGUCAAAAUGAAGAAGCAGGAGAAAAUGGAAGAAACAGGAGGUUUUCUGAAAACAAAUUGAAAACAUCUGAAAAUGUGAUAGAUUCAUCCAAAAUAAUUCCUUGGUACAUAAAGUUGUUUUAUUAUUAUUAUUUUCCAGUUGUGUUGCCUGUUUUGUCCCAGUACUCAAGAAUCAGUGAUUUUUAAGGUUUUUAAUUAUCAGUUUUGGGGGGGGAGGGAUUCUCUUUCACUUAGAAAACAUCUGUCAUAUUCCAUCGCUGAGUAGGAAGGAUUAUAAAGUGUCACGCUUUUGAAUAAAUGGAUAAACUGCAGCCAGGACUACCUUGUUAUACCAUUUUUGCACUAAUGCCUGUUUUCUGAAGACUGUAAAAAGAAAAAAAAAGAAAA